CACUGCCCCGUCCUCUACGCCUGGAAGGACCUGGGGGUGCGCUUCUGGCCGCGCUACAUCAAGGAGGGCAACUGCCUGGCCGAGAAGUCCUGCUCGCUGCCCGAGGGCAUGUUCUGCAAGCCCGUCAAGUCGGUCACCAAGACCUUCCUGCGCUGGCACUGCCAGGGCUGGUCCAGUCAGAAGUACUGCACUUGGAUCCCCGUGCAGUACCCGCUCAUCUCCGAGUGCAAGUGCUCCUGCUAAGCCUCCCCGGCCCCUUGCACUGCCGCCCUCCUCCUCCGGAUCACUUUAGGGGGGGAAGGUUUUUCGGGUGGGUUUU